UUUAGACCCGGGUAAAAUUGUGCUGCCUGCCUUGCUCCCGGGCUCAGCAUUUGAUCCAGAUCCAAUGUUGUACGAGGCCACUCUCGGGAUAGAUUGAACGGGAGUGGAAUGGAUAGAUGUGUGAAGUCCGUUGCACCUAUUCUUCUCGGCAACUUCGCUUGCGUUGCUAUUCUGAGAUCGCUCUCGUUGACUUGACGCUACGCAGAGAACUGGAUAGAGUUCUUUUGCAUUACCUGCAAUAGAUUUGACUGCGGGUGACUGCAGUUGACAUUUUUGUUGGCAUGUAGCUCUCCGGAUUUGACUCUCGAUCUUGGCCUUCUUUCCGCGCACCCUGAGCAGUAUUUGUGAUCCACCUCGUGAGAUGAACAUUCAGCAUCGAAGGAGUGAUGAACUUUGCUCUUCAUCAGGCUCAUAGGCGCCAGCGAUGUCUAGGAGACUGGCAUCUUCUCGUCCGAUGUGGGACUCGGAUCCGAUUCAUUCGUAAUCAUGUUUGAUGGUGAGUAUCAAAUCUGAAUGACUCUUGAUCAUGAUCAAGACGGGCCGUCUUGAUCAUGAUCACGGCUCUGCCUCCUAUCGAGAUAUUUCUGAGUCGCCGUCAGUCGACUUCUCAGUACCAAUGACACUUUUCAGCUCCACAUUGUAUCAACGAGAGCCUGAUGAACUCAGUCUGCUUUGACAGUAGUUCUAGCUUAAGGAAGUAUCAAUUGCAUUUCUCAUCUUCACAAGGCAAUCGUAACCAGAUGCGAUCAUGCAACAUCAGAGACGAGGCAUUGAUUGUACAGACCAUGCAACACUACCAGGUCAUACUCCAGCCCCACUGUGGGAGGUUUUCGCCUCUCAGCAUUCAAUGUGCGAAGUCAAGCGCCAUGACAGGUUUUACAGAAGCUGUUGUGAGUUCGGAUACAGAGCGAAAUUCAUUGUGGUCGGCAUGCUCCCGUUCUAAAACCUACGGCUGAGACAGACGAGCUUGCACGGGUUUCAAAUACACGCAUGCUGUGCGAAGAAUUGGGGUUCUCCAUUCUUCAGAACGGCGGUCAUCAAUGUUCAGCUUCUGAGCCUUUUUAUUGCGAUUGUACGUAAGGGCGCGAGUACGAGCAGAAGCUGACUCCGAUGCGAUUCGUAGGUGAUAGAUGUGGCAAACUUUAAAGAGGUCUAGAGGCCCACGAUGAUUCUACAUACGAUUUUCGUGGUAUCAUGACUCCGAACUUUUAAGAGAGAAUUCAAUAUCAUCUCUGUAAAGUAUGUGCCCAAGCAAGAAUCAGUUGAGAGCAUAAACGGACUUUUGAAUGGUGAAACAACGAGAGUGAAUGCAAUGUUACUACACACUCUCCUUGCUAGAGGCGAGUAGAGACUUUUGUUUGGUAGAUGGAUUCAAGACAAUUAGAUAAUUGAUAGAAGCUAUGUUAAAUUUGAGA